AACGCAGACGGGCGACGGCGGAGUCCGAGCCGCCAGCCCCUCCGCGUCCUCGGCCCGGGCCGGGCUGGAGCCGCCGGGGACCAUGGUGUUGGACCAAGAGGACGGUGUGCCGAUGCUCUCCGUCCAGCCCAAAGGGAAGCAGAAGGGCUGCGCGGGCUGCAACCGCAAGAUCAAGGACCGCUACCUGCUGAAGGCACUGGACCAGUACUGGCACGAGGAUUGCCUCAAGUGCGCCUGCUGUGACUGCCGCCUGGGCGAGGUGGGCUCCACGCUCUACACCAAGGCCAACCUCAUCCUGUGCCGGCGCGACUACCUGAGGCUCUUCGGCACCACAGGAAACUGCGCUGCCUGCAGUAAGCUGAUUCCAGCCUUCGAGAUGGUGAUGCGGGCCCGGGACAACGUAUAUCACCUUGACUGCUUCGCCUGCCAGCUCUGCAACCAGAGAUUUUGUGUGGGAGACAAAUUCUUCCUGAAGAACAACAUGAUCUUGUGUCAGAUGGACUAUGAGGAGGGGCAGCUUAAUGGCACCUUUGACUCCCACGUUCAGUAACGCCUGGCACCUGGCCUCCAGGCCCAUCUGUCUGUCCAUCCACCCGCCUGCCCACCCGCCUGGCCGGCCAGCCGCUCUCCUGUCGAUCAGAACUCCUCCGUCCUCGAUGGGAAGGACAACCCUCCUUCUGCCGCUGCCCGUCUGUGUGUGACCCCUCCUGGGGCCAGGCUGGGCCUGUACAGUCUGUCUUCUGUAUAUAAAUGGGAACAUUUAUUUUAUGAGAAAUGUAAUGCGAUUUUAUUACUGGCGUGGAUUAAACUUAUGAAUGUUU